AUGGGUGUAUUGGGUAGCAGAGAGGAGGCAGAGGGCAGUGCAUGUCGAGUGCAGCAAACAGGUGGAGAGCAACCGUGGCAAGCAGUGAGGCACAGUGGGGAAGGCAGUGGGGAGCGUGAUGGGGAAGGGGGGCAGCGAGCAGGUGGUGUGGGAAGUGUGAGGGGGAAGGAGCAGGUGGCAGUGCGAGAAGGGAGGUGGCAUAGAGUGGUGGUGGAGGAGAGGGCAUCAGAGGAUGUGUAUGGGGAGUGUGAGGGCGCUCAGGAUGAUGGUGAUGAUGGGGGCGAUGAUUUCAACACCGACUGGGAUGAAUAG